GUUUUAUGAUAGGUUGUAAAAGUGGAAAGUACCUCCUCGGAAAUCCCCUUUGGCAUUUCCUUAUUGACAUCAAUUCAAUGUCGUUUUCGGCUAGAUUAAGUCCUGCGCUUUGUGUGGGGUUUUUUUUUGAACGCCUAGAAUGUGCGCUUGGUGAAAGAGGCUGCUGCGUUGGAUCUGAAUGCGCCAUGGACUGUUAGGCUACUCGGACUCAAGCAGCAGGCGGCGGAAGACCGGAGCAUCUUAUGGGCUUUGUUGGCGGAUACCGACAUAUUGAACAGCGCUAAACUGGUUUCCCGUUUCAUUCCCGAGAGAACACAAUGUCACAGGGCCAAAACUUCCUGCCCAAGUUCCUGUUUGUGAGUAACCUCCUGAAGGCCAUGAAGAUCCGCGAGCGUGUGCCCCAUGACGUCGUCAAGCCGUCAGCCAACAGCGGUCUGCUUCACCAUCUCCGUGGCAUGCACCGCUACACACUGGAAAUGAUCCGGAUGAGCCAGUUCCCGCAGGCCUUCCGUGAGAUCAUCCAGUCGGCCAUCUUGGACCGAGCUAUGCAGACCUCACUGGAGCAGGAGAAGAGGCUCAACUGGUGCCGCGAGGUCAAGAAGCUGGUGCCACUCCGGACAAACGGUGAUGGGAAUUGCCUGCUCCAUGCAGCUUCACAGUACAUGCUGGGUGUGCAGGAUACAGACCUGGUCCUGCGUAAGGCCCUUUACGCCGUGCUCAAAGAGACAGACACCAGUAAUUUCAGGGCACGUUUUCAAACAGAGCUGCUACACUCCCAGGAGUUUACCCAGACUGGCCUGCGCUACAGCACCAAGAACUGGGAAGAGGAAUGGGAGAAGAUAGUUGACAUGGCGUCUCCUGUGGCCAGCAGCAACGGCCUACAGUUCGACUCCCUGGAAGACAUCCACAUCUUUGUGCUGUCAAAUAUCCUGCGCAGGCCAAUUAUUGUAAUUGCAGAUCAAGUGCUGAGGAGUAUGAAGUCUGGCUCGUCUUUUUCACCCCUCAACGUAGGAGGCAUUUACUUGCCUCUUCACUGGCCUCCGGAAGAGUGCUACAAGUAUCCCAUAGUGCUCGGCUAUGACUCGCAACACUUUGCCCCCCUAAUCACAAUCAAAGAUGGCGGCCCAGAGUUUCGAGCACUACCAUUGAUCAAUCCAGGAAGGGGAGGCUUUGAGGAGCUGCGCAUCCACUUCUUGACAGAGAAAGAGCAGCAACAGAAGGAGAGGCUGCUAAAUGAAUAUCUGAUGCUCAUGGAGAUCCCGGUCAUUGGCCUGGGUUAUGACCCCACGCAGAUUAUCAGGGCAGCACGCCUCGAUGAGGGCAAUCUGCCCGAGGACAUGAACCUGAUGGAAGACUACCUGCAGCUGGUGAAUCACGAGUACAAGCGGUGGCAGGAGGACAAAGAUGCACUAUGGGCGCCCACAUCACAGCAGGCGCCGCCACCCUUCUCCGUCUCACAGUUGUCACUGAUAGAGAUCCGCUGUGCUACGCCGCGCUGCACCUUCUACGUCUCUGUGGACACACAGCCGCACUGCCACCAGUGCUUUGAAAAGCGGCGCGCCAGCGGUAAACACGAGGCCGUUACCAGCCGCCCCAAUCGAACCAACCAUGCCAAUGCGCCAUCCGAGCCAACCAUCCCGAGCCCACGCUCAGCACCACCGACUGCACCCAGUCUGAGCCUGUACAGUGAGACACAUGCCAUGAAGUGCAAGACACCCGGUUGUCUGUUCACGCUCAGUGUAGAGCACGAUGGCUUGUGCGAACGCUGCUUCAACGCCCGGCAGACGGGUAACGGGCAACCCCAGGGCCCUACCCACGGCUGGGGAAAUGCUCAAUGGGGACCAAGCACCCGAGAUCGAGAAAAAGAUCGAGAAAGAGAUGCCGAGCACUGCAGUGCAUGUCGGCAGGAGGCCUUUCGGACAUUCAACGGCCUUUGUCCACCCUGCAUGCAAAGGAGCGCUGUUGUCCCACCGCAGGAGCCCAGAAUGGACAUGCCUGCAUGGGUGCCGUCCAGGGAGCCGGAGCGCCCUGGUACCACUGGGCACACGUGGCACACACAGGCAGCGCGUCAGUGCAAACGCUCGGGCUGCCAGUUCUUCGGCACACCCGAGAAGUUAGGAUUCUGUACCAUUUGUUACGUGGACUAUCAGACCAAUCACCAGGCAGCUCCAGCAGUGGUGCAGCCCAGACAUACAUCGGAGGCAGGUUUUCAGAACGUGCGGUGUCGUGGUCAGGGCUGUGGUGCCAUGGGCAAAGCCAUGCUCGAGGGCUACUGCAACAAGUGCUACGUGAAGGAGCAGAGCGCCAGAUUGACUGAAGCUGCUAGCAGAGGCUCCACUUCUCCUCCAGUCUUGCGAGCGCCCAAAUCACGUCCAACGGCGACACUCAGCCAAGCCCAGUGCCGGCGCAGUGGCUGUAAGAACGUAUCGCCUGGCUGCACGGACUUGUGCCCGGACUGCCUGAAUCGUGGCGGGCAGCGUGAGGGCCGUCGUGCCCACGCACCCAAAGAGAAGAGCAAGCAGCGUUGCAGGACACAAGGCUGCGAUCAUUAUGCCAACCAGGAAAAACAAGGCUACUGCAACGAGUGUGACCACUUCAAGCACCUAUACUGACGCUACCAGUUUCCUUCUCCAAAGAGGAGACAAGAAUCUUUGCACGCUGAUGUGCACCGAAUCCUCUCCUACACGGAAUCCCACAGCUAACUGAGCCACCUGUUUUUGGGUGCCAGCAGCGGUGUAACACUGGCGAUUUACCUCUCAAAGUUUUGAUCAUUUUUCUAUGUGAAUAAGACAGAGAUGGGGCUGAUGAUACAGAAUGAUAAAGAAACUGAUAAUACACUGGCAUCCAGUUGCAUACAUCUGUGCUAUCUGUGAUUUAUAUCAAACAGGGUAAUAAGAUUGUAAACAGUUUGUACAUUGCUGAGAAAAUGUUGGGGUUGCGGGGGACGGGGGGGUAGGGGGGAAGCAUCUUCAGAAGAUUUAUUUCCAAUUAUGAGCUAAAAACAGUGAAAUUUGACCAAAGUAACUUCCAGAAUCAUUAUGACCAAGUUGAUGUACAUUGCAGCUGCAGAAAGCCUGUGGAGCCUGUAAGAAAUACAGGAGACACAGCUACAGGGUUUCAGAGGCCUCAGAAAACCAGUUUAUUUCUUACAAUGUAGGUUAAGUGCCAAUGAGUGUUUGCAAAGCAGAGCUCCAGUUUUGUUUUGUUUUUUUUUUUGUUUUUUUUGUUUAGUUUUUUUUUCCUCUCGUCUCUCACCCUCCCUCCCCUGCCCCCUGCUGCACCAUUUGAUGUUUGCUGCCAAAAUGGACCUGUUGCCUUUGAGAUUUUUAUUUUAUUUUAUUUUAUUUAAUGAAUUAAUUUAUUUUGCUUAUUUGUCAUUGCUCACUUCUUUGCGGCCUGCUCGUGUUUGAAAUGAUUAUUCACCUGAUUUCGCCUUGCUGGACUUCGUUUGGUCUGUUUAUGUUUACUAGCUAUGGCACUAGGUGAUGUUGGAGACAUUCUAACAUUUUCCCGUAGCUAAAGAAAAAAAAAUUUCCGAAGUGCAAUAAAAACCGGUUCUCCAUCACACCUUAACAAACAACACACCAACACUCGUUCGUGAAGAGAAUUCGCCACAUCAGAGAAAUAGCAACACGUGUCAACAAGGAAGAAUCAUGCAUGCCGUGACAGGAUAGACUCCUUUAUUUAAAUUAAAAAAAAAAAAAACCACACCAAUCCGAAAGUAAACACGCCUGUGUGUUGUGUACAUCGUCUUUUAGAAUUGUGAGUAACCAGUUUUAUCUGCUUUUUUUUUUUCUACAAGGGAGCUUAUUUCCCUAGACUUUACUUCUGCUACAUUCACAUGAUGCCUCUAAUGCAUACAUUUGGUAUGCAAAAACAUGUCCAUUUGACUAUUCCUCCCAAUGCUUGCAUAGAGAUGAUCACGGAAAAAGUUGCUGGAUAGUUUGGAAACAGUGAGAAACGAGCACGUGCACAUGAACUUUCCAUUCUUACAGCUAAUAUAGUGGUGACAUACGAGAACUAGAACUACGUAGGCCCCACAUGCAGAUGUGCUUUAGUCAAAAGACGCAUUUGAGAAUUCACAGUCGUAGAAAUUAAAGAGUGUUUUGCUCUUCAACUACUGAAUCUGAAUUCAGUUCAGAUCACCAAUUUGCACAGAACGUAAUAAGCUGCUCUGGAAUUAGUUGAGGUAUUUCUGACUUACUUCUGACAUAUAGUUACAUUCCAACUGUAGACCUUGUUAAAAAAUAAUAAAUUAAAAAAACAUUUUUUUUCUUUGUGGGUUGGGGGGAUGUGUUUGAUAUUUAUUCACAAUAAACAUUAUCUGUAUUGUGUUACAAUAAUUAUUUAUAUGUUGUUCUGGAAUAAAUUAUUUUUAAUAGGAAAAGUUAAA